UAUAGUUUAGUUAGUUCAACUUUGCUUAUCAUGACAAUGCUUCGCCGCCCUUCUUACGCUGCAAUACUAGCGAACGGCCCUUCCGCCUACAACGCCAAGAUACCGACGAAAGGUGCUUCUACCUAUGAUGCCGAGAUACCGGCUAAUGAUGCUUCCGUCUAUGACUACCACGUUCCUAAAAUCAAUGAAGAAGUUGCUUCAUCAGACGAUGUUUCAUCGGAUCAUGAAAGACUUCUCAAUAGGUUGGAGCUAUAUGAGCUAGUCGAACACAAGAUUAUGGGAGACGGUAACUGUCAGUUCCGCUCGCUGUCUGAUCAGAUAUACGGGACAUCAGACUACCACGGCCUUGUAAGAGAAGAAAUAGUCCAUCAGCUGAAGUCGCAGCCCGAAUUUUAUGCCAAUUUUGUCCCCAUGGCUUAUGGAGACUACUUGAAGAAAAUGAGCAGAAAUGGGGAAUGGGGAGAUAAUGUUACGUUGCAGGCCGCUGCUGAUUGCUAUGGCGUAAAGAUCUUUGUGGUUACUUCAUACAAAGUUACAUGCUACAUUGAGAUUCUUCCAAAAGUUGUGAAAUCAGACACAACUAUCUUGCUGAGUUUUCGGGCUGAAGUGCACUACAAUUCGAUUUAUCCUUGCCAAGAUGGCAAGAACAAGAAGAAGUCGUGGUGUAUGUGAACUGGGAACGUCGUCGCUCAUGACUCCAAGCCCAUCCCCCUCGACACCUCCUACGUCGAGCCAAGCAGAUACAGAAAAGCCUGUCUCAAGCUCAUCGCCACACGAGCCGGCCAUCUCCUCCUAGGCAUCCCAAAUGGGCCGCGCUUCCUAGAUUAUGUUUGUUUGAUCAGUCUAAUGAGUCGAGCGUGAUUAUAAGCUCCUUUCCGGGUUUUCUUUGUCGGUUCUUUCCCGGAUCGCAAGAGUCGAACCGCAUAGGGUCAUUAGAAUCUGUAAUCUCCCAUUGGAUUCUAAUAAGAAAAUAGAUAUUUUCAAAAUCUC